AUGGCGCGCCCUGGGCUGUGGCUGGCGGUGGCGCUGUGCAUCUCUGCGCCGUGGCUGGGCGCCUGCGAGGACCGCAACCCGCGGGACCAGUUCUACGACGAGCUGGACCGCCUGCUGGGCUUACGGCCGGCCAAGAGGGAGGCUCGGCGGCCCGUGGUGUCAGCUGGCUGGCCACGCACUCUGGAGGGCCUGGGCGAGGUGAGCGGCGUGUCCGUCGACCCCCACGGAGACCCCGUCAUCCUGCACCGAGGGCCGCGACACUGGGACGCCGGGGCGUUCAACUCGACGACGCACUACCAGCGGCGGGCGGAGGGCCCCAUCGCGGUGGACGCCGUCCUGACGCUGGACGCGCACAGCGGCCGGCUCAAGCGCUCCUGGGGCCGCGGGCUGUUCUACCUGCCGCACGGCCUCACCGUCGACCCCAGGGGCCACGUCUGGGUCACCGAUGUCGCCCUCCACCAGGCGCUCAAGUUCGCACCGGGCUCCCCGGAACCGAUCAUAGAGGUUGGUACUCGGUUCGAGCCCGGGGUGGGUCACUACCACCUGUGCCAGCCCACAGCCGUGGCGGUGGCACCGGAGCCCUCGGCUGAGGUCUUUAUCGCGGACGGCUACUGCAAUUCGCGCAUCGUGGUGAUCAACUCGCAGGGCCGAUAUCUUAACCAGCUGCCUCGCUUCGAUGAGUUCUUGUCGCUUCAGGUGCCGCACGGAUUGGCGCUGCUGCCCCACCGAGACCUGCUGUGCAUCGCGGACCGCGACAACAUGCGCGUCGUCUGCCCCAGGGCCGGGCUGGUGGGCCGCACGCCGCCCACGCCGCCCUCCACCAUCCAGGCGCCGGACAUGGGCCGCGUCUUUGCAGUCGCCGAGACAGGUGGUCUGCUGUACGCAGUGAAUGGGCCGACCUCUCCGCGGAUACCAGUCCGGGGCUUCACCUUGGAUACGGACAACGAGUCCGUCGUCGACCGCUGGGGAGCAGAAGAGGGCCUGGAGACGCCCCACGCGCUGGCGGCGUGCCCCAACGGCAGCGCCCUCUACCUCAGCGAGCUGUCUCCGCCACGCGUCUGGAAGUUCGACCUGCGGCCGCUGCCGCACUUCUAGCCGGCAUCUGCCCGCGUCCCCACCCCCGUCUCUGCCUCCCACCGCCCAACACCUCGACCCCUCAGCGGCCAGCUUAAAACUCCACCACUCUCGCAACUUCUCCUCACUCGAUACGCCGGCUACAACCGGACGUGACCAACUGCAACGCACAAAAUACCUGUACGUUUCGGGAAAAAACCGUCAGCAGUAACUCUUUUCCUAAUAUUUCUUCCCUAUUAAUACACAAAAGUUUCGUAAAAUGGUGCUCAUCCUCAGGGGAAAAAAUUCGGGUUUCUUAUAUGGCGUAUUGCUGACGAAAUAUCUCUCGUUAUCAGUCGAAUAACACCGACAACUCGAAGCAAAAUUUCACCACCUUUCCUACUAUUCAUCUUCGGGAGUGCUGUAAAUUUCGCCUGCUCAUGCCGGGUAGAUAACUUCUCGAAUUGUUGCUUCAAGCUGACGGUGUUAUUUACUGGUAAACCAAAACUUC